AUGAUGGCCACUCGAGCGUGGAUGAUCCGGCGUCAGAUACGCCGGAAUAGGUUGGCGGAGAAGCGAGAGAAAGAGAAAUCUCAAGACAAACAACGACAGCUCGAGCUGCAGCAAGCGAAGGUCCAGCAAGAUCAAGAACGCGAGAAACGCUUCAAGCGACGAGCGGCACAACGACAGCGACAUCACAAGGUUGAGCAACGCAUAACUAAGGUGCGGAAGGAGCGUAAAGAGGCAGAACGUCUUGCCGAGCUAGAGCGCGAGGAGCACGCCAAGAAGCUAGAGACACAGCGCAAGGAGCUAGAGACACGGCGCAAGGAGCUAGAGACACGGCGCAAGGAGCUUGUCGAGGAGCACGCCAAGAAUCUAGAGACACAGCGCAAGGAGCUAGAGACACGGCGCAAGGAGCUUGUCGAGGAGCACGCCAAGAAUCUAGAGACACAGCACAAGGAGCUAGAGACACGGCGCAAGGAGCUUGUCGAGGAGCACGCCAAGAAUCUAGAGACACAGCACAAGGAGCUAGAGACACGGCGCAAGGAGCUUGUCGAGGAGCACGCCAAGAAUCUAGAGACACAGCACAAGGAGCUUGAGGCACAGCGCAAGGAGCUUGUUAAGGAGUACGACAAGGAGCUAGAGAACGCUCACUAA